UCUGAAACGUUGGUCAAGGACUAGUCCCUCCGACCCUCGUCAUGUCAGGUGACAAGUUGACAGCUGCUUUCAACGGAUCAAAGUCACUCUCCAAGCCAUACUGCACUCGAAAGUCAUCACGAUGAAGCGACUAUCCCUCACAGCAGAGAUAAUCUUCCAUAUCAGUAUUCCCUCGACAAUCUCUCCUCCCUCAAUCUCUCGCUCGAUCGAACAGGUAGAUGUAGCAGUCUCGCGUGUACUCGCCUCAGAAGACACAUCACCUGCAACUCGCUGUCCACCCAGACUCUGGCAAACGGAGCGCUCGCCUUCGACCUCUCAAUACACCAUACCCCUAGAGCCAGAAUGCUCCUCCACUCCAGCGUCCGAUGCCCUACCUGAACUCAACUCUAUGGAGAAGCAACCUUCUUUACGCAAGGUCUGCAAGCUCACAACUCUCACUACUCAACAUUGCAAGCACUUCGGCUUGCAAUGGCCCGACACAGCAGACUGCCACUGCCUUCACAACUGGUACAGAAUUGCUGGCUGGGGCACUUCAGCACCCUUGAGGAAUCUACCUUCAGCAUCAGACGUCUGCUCCUCGUACUUGCACCAGCGUCAUAGCGUCGAGCGCCACUACUGAACUCGGAAUAAGUCAAGAAUGUGCGUCAGCUCAUCUCUGCUGGUCUGACAACGAAGCAUACGACAAAGCGACGGAAGUAGCUUGCCAAGGUGAUGGCGAGGUCUGUCAUUAAGCACGAACGUGAGCGUUCGGAGCCGCGAACAGGCGUGUGGUCGAAUUACACUACCCAGGGUACUGGC